AUGGACUCCCCGCCGCCCUAUUCCCCAUCGGAGGCAUGGCGAGAUGAGACGGCGGCGGUUCGACCGCGUUGCGUCUUUUUCUUGAGGAGAGCGCUGACGCCGCGAUUCGAGGAGGGCGAUCCGCAUGGGGAUCGUCUGCAUCCGAUUCAUCGGGAAAUUGAGUACGAUGCCGAGAAGCUGGAGCAGGGAUUGUUCAAGGACGCCGGGAACCAUGAAGACUACAUGACCAGCGUGCUCGAAAAGAUCUCCACCUCGACGGGCGGUCAAGAAACGGCGGGCCAGGCGUGGAAUGAACUGCUCCGAGUUGAGGGCGUCGGCCCAGCGAAUCAAGGUGUCGCGGAACGACGGUUUUUCGAC